AUGCACCAAGCUCUCCGAGCUAUCGGCUCCGCCUUUGGUCGUAGAGGUGAGCUCGGCGUCGCGAAGCCCAAACUGUACCGUUCUAGCCCAAGCAUCGAUACUGCGAGAAACGAGCAAUGCCAUUCAUCAACAGAGCAGGCGUUCGUCUACUCUUCAAUGUGGGGCGGGCAGAUCGAACCACUCUCAAAGCGUUUCAGAUUGAUUGUAUGGGACAUGAGAGGCCACGGUAAGUCGGGCUAUCCUUCGGACCCAUCCGCCUACAGCGAAGCACACACCGUUGAAGACAUCGGCCUGAUUCUCGAUGCGAACUGCACGCCCGACACCAAGGCCAUUGUCGGCGGUCUCUCCUUAGGCGGUUACAUGAGUCUCGCCUUCUAUCGCUCUUACCCAAAACGAGUCUGCGCACUGCUGAUCAUCGAUACCGGACCUGGGUUCAAGAAGGACUCCGCGAGGGAAGAGUGGAAUAGGACCGCGAUCAAGACUGCCGAGGAACUGGAGAAAGACGGCUUGAAAGCGUUGCAUCGACAGAGUCCAGAGAGGAGUCGGGCUUCGCAUCGGAAUGCCGAGGGACUUGCAUUAGCCGCAAGAGGCAUGCUGACACAGCGAGAUUCGACGAUUAUUGAGAGUUUAGUCAGGGUCGAGGUGCCUUCUUUGGUAGUAGUUGGAGCGGAGGAUAAGCCAUUCUUGGUGGCUUCUGAGUAUAUGGCCAAGAAGAUUCCCGGAGCAAAGAAAGUAGUGGUCCCUGGGGCUGGACAUGCGGUGAAUAUAGACCAGCCAAAGGCCUUCAUGCAGGCAGUGGUGCCAUUCCUGGGGCAGUUUGCAUCGUCAAAAGCGUUGUUGUGA